GGGGGGGGGGCAUUGCGCGCAAGAGGGCAGCGGGCUGGUUGACGGCUUCACGCGGGACUGACAGGCGGACGAUGCGGCCGCAGGACCCUGACACCCCUCCGACGUGUUUAUGUGCCAGAUUAGCCGGGACUUAGCCUCGUGCGCGCCGGCCGGCCGCGUCAGGUGGAUGCGCCGCACUGAUCUACUCCGCCCUUAUGGAUCGCCUUCAUGGAUGCCUUCAAACCCGCUUUGGACAAUAGUUCGAGUCCCGCGGCGCCAUCAUCCGAGGAGGCAGAUGCGUUCCGCUGGCCCACGCCGGAACAUGGCCCCCGCAGCGCGCGCGAGGCGGAGCCCACUGCGCACUGGACGGCCGUGUUCGACUACGAGGCGACCGCGGACGACGAGCUCAGCCUCCGGAGGGGGGACCUGGUGGAGGUCCUGUCCAAGGACUCGCUGGUGUCCGGGGAUGAGGGCUGGUGGACCGGCAUGAUCGCGGACCGCGUCGGCAUCUUCCCGUCCAAUUAUGUGAGCAAAGGAAACCGCGUCCCGGAGGAGGCACGGGACACCUCGGAGCAGCAGUACCCGGUCCCUCCGCUGCACCUCCUGGAGAUCGACUUCUCUGAGCUCACCCUGGAAGAGAUCAUCGGGGUCGGUGGUUUUGGGAAGGUGUACCGCGCUGUGUGGCAAGGCAUGGAGGUGGCGGUCAAGGCGGCCCGCCAGGACCCGGACGAGGACCUGGAGCAGACGGUGGAGAGCGUUCGGCAGGAAGCCAAGCUCUUCGCCAUGCUCAGCCACCCCAACAUCAUGGCUCUCCUGGGGCUGUGCCUGCAGGAGCCCAACCUGUGCCUGGUCAUGGAGUACGCGCGGGGGGGCGCUUUAAACCGGGCCCUGGCAGGAAAACGCAUCCCGCCGUGCACUCUGGUGGACUGGGCCGUGCAGACGGCGCGAGGCAUGAACUACCUUCACAACCAGGCCAUCGUCCCCAUCAUUCACAGAGACCUCAAGUCCAGCAACAUCCUAAUCCUUGAGCGGGUCGAGAUGGAAGACCUCAGCAAUAAGACUCUGAAGAUAACAGACUUUGGCCUCGCGCGGGAGUGGCACCGCACCACCAAGAUGAGCGCCGCCGGCACCUACGCCUGGAUGGCUCCUGAAGUUAUCCGUGCAUCGACCUUCUCUAAGGGUAGCGACGUCUGGAGUUAUGGCGUUCUGCUGUGGGAGCUGCUGACAGGUGAAGUCCCAUUCCGAGGCAUCGACGGGCUCGCCGUGGCUUAUGGAGUCGCAAUGAACAAACUCUCUUUGCCCAUUCCCUCCACUUGUCCUGAACCGUUUGCACGUCUUAUGGAAGACUGCUGGAGCUCAGAUCCUCACUGCCGGCCCAGCUUCAGCACCAUUCUCGACCAUCUCACGGCCAUCGAGGAGUCUGGUUUUUUCGAGAUGCCGGCCAAGUCUUUCCACUCGCUACAGGACGACUGGAAACUAGAGAUCCAGGAAAUGUUUGAUCAGCUGAGGGCUAAAGAAAAGGAGCUGCGAUCGUGGGAGGAGGAGCUGACCCGAGCGGCGAUGCAGCAGAAGUGUCAGGAGGAGGCGCUGAGGAGGCGUGAGCAAGAACUCGCCGAACGGGAGAUCCACAUCCUGGAGCGAGAGCUUAACAUCAUCAUUCACCAGCUCUACCAAGAGAAGCCCCGCGUGGAGAGCCGGCAGGGCAAGUUCCGUCGCAACCGCCUUAAGCUGAAGGAUGGGAACAGGAUCAGUCUGCCUUCAGAUUUUCAGCACAAAAUCACAGUUCAGGCGUCUCCAUCCCAUGAUCCCCGGAGGAGUCUGCUCAGCAGCAGUUCCAGUCCUCCAACCAGCCCACCCAUGCUGCCUCGCCUCAGAGCCAUCCAGCUUACUCCUGGGGAGGGGGCAGCAGCUUGGGGCCACAACACUGUCUUUCAGCAAGACGAGGAUGAGCUAGAGAGGAAGGGGUCGAGGAAGAAGGGCCGGUCGCGUGGAACCGGGAUCCACCGGGAGCACAGCGCGGAUGCCAGUGUGAAGCCCCCCCAUGAAGGCAGCAGACAGAGGUCCUGCAGCGCCCCGAACCUCCGCAGAUCCCCCAGACACAGCCCAGCCGUGCCCGGAGUGCCACGCCUUGUGGAGAUGGAAAAUGAAGACUGCUGCUUCAGCACCGAACCGGGGGCCGGUCCUGCUCAGUCCUACCUCUGCGUCCCCUUCCAGAAAGAGUCCCACGGGUCUUCUGACAGCAAUGGAGACGAGUACUGCCCCGGCGGCCAGCUGCCGCCAACCCCACCAUGCAAAAAAAAGGCGGCGGGCGGGGGCCGGCGCUCGGAGCUGGUUCUGCUGGGCUGUGGAGCUCUGCUGGCAGCCGUGGGACUGGGCUGCAACCUGCUGACUGCUGCCCAGCCAGACGAGAGUGCCAAACCUCGAUGGGAGGGCUUCUUCCACAGAACCGGGGGCCAGAAACGAAGCGGCAGCUCCCCAACUCGCAGACUGUUCAGGAGGGAAAGCCCUCUGAAGCCUUCAGUGCCCUCUGUGCCCCCCACCAGCACGCUGCUGUCCGUGUCCUCCAUGUCGGACUGCAACUCCACGCGCUCGCUGCUGCGGGCCGACAGCGAGGAGCUGCUGGUCUGCCGCCCCGCCUCCCCGCCGCCCCAUCUGAAAGCAGUCCCAGCGGUCAACCCGCUGGUAAACACUCACAUUGAGAGCUUCAAGCGUAACCCCCGCCAGUCCCUCACCCCCACACAUGUUCACUACACUCCGAGUUCCUCCCGUAUUCUGCGCCGAACGCCAUCAGAUGGCGCCAUCAAGAAGAGCGGCCCAUCUAACGGUCUGGAGCCCCUCCCAGAGAAAUCCGCUCUGGAAAACUCGGCAGGAGGCGGCUUCAGCGGUUUGAAAGAAGACUGUUCAGGGGUCCUUCGGCUCCCAAAUCCGAACCUGGUUUUUCCGCCAACGCCCCGGCGCCGCUGCGCUCCAGAACGCCCCAAAACCUUGGACUUUGUGGUGCGACCGCGGCCAUCGCCACGUGCACGCUGCGACGUUUUCCGGGCGGAGGCGAGAUCCAGGGCACACAGACAGACUCUGAGUCACGGUGAGUCCCCUGCCUACACCUCCAGCACAGAGACUCCGCCCACUGCCGAGUUUGGAGGAGAUUCUGCAGUUUUGCCCACCCCUAUGGAGGCCCCGACACCCUUCUCCCCCCGAAAGAAUGAGAACCUGUUGGAUCAGCAGGAUGAGGUGCAAAGUCGCGACGAAACGGUUCCGCUCUGCAGACCCGAGAUCAGCCUUCCCAAAGAUUCACCGCUCCGCUUCAAUCCCGGGUUCUAGGUCUGAGGGUCUGAGUUUGAACCGGUACCAAAGUGGUUCCCGUUCAUCCAUCUAUGGCUUCAGAACUACCUUUGACAUUUUUACUGUCCGUGUUUUUAUUUUCCUCUGUUAUUUGUAAGCUAAUGGUUCAUUUGGCACCAAAAGAACGACAUGAUCAGAGUUUUUCAGAAGAUCACUUUCACAAAGCUUUUCACACGACACUGCAAAACACUACAGCCGGUCCCUGAUCCACUUUGCGGUUUUAAAAUUGGCCAAAGACUAUUGAGAAGAUCCUUUCAGGAGAUUUCUCUGACGUUUGGCUGCACUCUACUUUUUCCAAUGGUUUAUGAUUUUCUAAAGUCUGGGAGCAGUAACCUGUAAGCAUUUCAAACCAGAAAACACAAAUGUUUUAGAUCCUGAACCACUGCUGUGUCUUUGUCUAGACAUACAAGAUCAAACUUUAUAGAAACUAAGAGUUUCAUCAGGAAAACAAGGUGCAACAAAACUUCAAAAUAAAACGCUACUUAAGGUUUAUCAUACGUCUCAACAACCCUUCAAUAGACCCUACAGCGUGCAUACUCCCCUCGCUUAUCUACAUCAGCAUCAGCUGCCUGGUGAUAAGUCCUCAAUCAGCUGACCCACCCUUCAGCUGAUCCACCUCAGCUGUUCUACCCCUCAGUUGUUCCACUGCUCAGCUGAUCAACCUCAGCCGUUCCAUUCCUUAGCUGAUCCAUCUCAGCUGUUCCAGACCUCAGCUGAUCCUUUUCAGUUGUAUCAACCCUCAGCUGUUCCACCCCUCGGCUGAUCUACCUCUUAGCUGUUCCACCUCUCAGCUGUUCCACCUCUCAACUGUCCCAUCUCAGCUGAUCAACCUCAGCCGUUCCAUUCCUUACCUGAUCCACUUAAGCUUUUCCAGCCCCAGCCGAUCCUUCUCAGUUGUAUCACCCCUCAGCUGUUCCACCCCUCAGUUGUUCCACCGCUCAGCUGAUCAACCUCAGCCGUUCCAUUCCUUAGCUGAUCCAUCUCAGCUUUUCCACCCCUCAGCUGUCCCACCCCUCAGAUGUUCCACCCCCGGGGUGAUCCACCUCUCAGCUGUUCCACCUUUCAGCUGUUCCAUCUCAGCUGUCCCACUACUCAGCUACCCCCCAAAGCCAACGUAGAAUACACUUAAAGGGUCAUAACCAUGUUAUUUAGGGUCUACGAUGAAAUUGUGUGAAAAUGUAGCCAAAGUCCAAAGAAAAAUAUCAGGUUUACACAUUUGAGCAUUGAAGACAUAAAAGAGGUAUCAUCCAAAAACGUGUUUUUCUACAUGGUCAGUUUUAAACUGCACCAAAAAUAUCUUAAUUUAAGUAGAAAAGAGAAAAUAAUGUGGCAGUUAAGACAAAUACUACUGUACCUGCAGCGACGACUGCAGUCAGAUUCCUUUUAAGUAUUUAUAUAUAGACUGUAGUAUUGAUUAGAGUUCCAAAACAUUUAUUCUUUAAAGAAUAGAGUCGGAAAAAGCCGCCAAAUCCUCCAAAACACGACCAUUAAGUUUGAAUCGGGACUGGAUUUACACUUUUGCACUGAACUGUUUAUUUCCUCAAAGCUGAAUUUACUCAAGUGCACUUCUGGAAAGCGUUAAGAAUGUAAAGCUUCUUUUUUUAAUUUUCUCAAAAGUAUUUCCAUCUGUUUGCUUCAGUGCGUCUCUCACUUGAGACUUGAGCUGGCUCCUGGUUAUCAACCUGUUGUCGCCGAUCACCGAGCAUUUCUGAGAGCAUUUCUUUGCAGUCAAACAUUCCCGAGAUGGCAAAAAAUAACUGCAGGAGUGCGGCUCCGUCUGAGCGGGCAGGUGGAACACCGUAGGUUUGUGCACGGAAUGCCUCCUGAACCAUUAACCCGGAUCCGCUGAGGGAUCCAGAGUCUGUGUCAACUGCAUAACUGAACUUUAUUUAUUUCAAUGCACUAAUUCGUUUUUUUUAUCAAAUGUAAUGUAUUGUGUGGCCUUAAGUUUUUUUUUUAAGUUGUUAUUUUGUGUAACUUUUGGACAGAAAGAUGGUUAAACGCAUCGCAGGUCAUCACACAACCCAGCUUGUGUCAAGAAGCACAUCUUGUCUGUUAAAUGUUAGGAGCCGAUAGAUAACUACAGUAAAAAACUGGGGAAACUCAACCCUUUCUGAUUUAAUGUCUGAUUUCUGAAGUGACCUCUGACCUCCCUCUGUCAAGCGUGACCUCUGACCUCCCUCUGUCAAGCGUGACCUCUGACCUCCCUCUGUCAAGCGUGACCCGAUGCACGUGUGAAUGCCGUCUCCCUGCAGCUCUGGGCUGCAGCGAUGCAGAGGACUCCUCGUCUGAGUGGAAUGCAGCCAGUGAAUAAGCUGAACUCAAUUGUUAUUGACUUACAUGUAUUUGCACUGGAACACACUUUGAGUAAAACCAUGGAAACAAA